GCAACCCUGCUGGCAGCCCUCACAUGUUGUGCCGUAACAUUGCCGGGCGAAGAAAAAUGUGAAUGUACAAAAUGCACAAGACUCUUUCAAUACGCUGGUCCCUUAUCCAAGCGGUGGGCAUUGUCCAUUCCCAUCCAUCCAGGCGGUGCAAGGGCGCCGUCCAUUGGCCAUGGCAAGGAGCCUGCAGCUGGAGCAAGGGGUUAUCCACAACGAAUCGGGUCAAGGACGCGACGGAGGCAUCAGAGCCUGGUUCUGGUUCGGGUUCAGAGUUGUCUCAGGAUGUGCUAUUGCGGGAGUUUGCCAAAAUUCCAGUGGAGCGAAUACGAAAUUUCAGCAUUAUUGCCCAUGUGGACCACGGCAAGAGCACCCUGGCCGAUCGGUUGCUGGAGCUGACGGGGGCCAUUUCAAAGAAUGCCGGCCAGCACCAGGUGUUGGAUAGCCUUCAAGUGGAACGGGAACGCGGCAUCACAGUGAAGGCGCAAACGGCCUCCAUAUACUACAAAUAUAAGGACGAGUUGUACCUUCUGAAUCUGAUCGACACGCCCGGCCACGUGGACUUCUCCAAUGAGGUUUCCCGCUCGCUGGCAGCCUGCGAUGGGGUUAUCCUGCUGGUGGAUGCGUGCCACGGCGUCCAGGCACAGACCGUGGCAAACUAUCACCUGGCCAAGCAGCGGAAUCUGACAGUGGUGCCGGUGCUCAACAAGAUCGACAUCAAGCAUGCGAAUCCCGAACAGGUGUGCCACGACUUGCAGCUGUUGUUCGGCAUCGAUCCUGCCCAGGUACUCAAAGUGUCCGCCAAACUGGGCACAGGCGUUCCCCAGGUCCUCGAGCGGGUUAUCGAGGUGAUACCUGCUCCCAGAGUGGAACGGAAUAGUGCGUUCCGUGCGCUAAUCUUCGACAGCUGGUUCGACAAGUACCGCGGAGCCCUCAACCUCAUCUACGUGCUCAACGGGCAGCUGGAGCAGGGCCAGGACAUUCAGUCAUUGGCCACCAAGAAGACCUAUCCCGUGAAGAGUAUUUCAGUGCUGCGUCCGGUCGAGUGCGGCGUGGCCAGCCUGUCCGCCGGCCAGGUGGGGCUAAUCGCCUGCAACAUGCGCAACAGCAAGGAGUCGAUCAUCGGGGACACCAUCCACCUGAAGAACCAGUUGGCCAGCGCCGCCGGCAGCUACAGUCCCCAGCAGCCAAUUGUCUUCGCCGGUGUCUUUCCCGUGGACCAGUCCAAGCACGUGGCCCUACGCAGUGCCAUUGAAAAAAUGGUGCUAAACGACUCGGCGGUCACCGUGAAGGUGGAUUCGAGCCCGGCACUGGGGCAGGGCUGGCGACUGGGCUUCCUCGGCCUGUUGCACAUGGAGGUAUUCUGCCAGAGGCUAGAGCAGGAGCACGGCGCUGAACCCAUCAUAACGGCACCGUCGGUUACGUACCGGCUGGUGCUGGGCAAUCCCAAGAUGAUCCGCCAGCAGGGCACGGACACCAUGGACAUAUCGAAUGCGGCGCUCUUCCCCGACCCCAGCAGCAUCCGGGAGUACCACGAGCCCCUGGUUAUGGGUACCAUUAUCACGCCCACCGAGUACGUUGGCCAGAUAAUCGGGCUGUGCGUAGAGAGGCGCGGACUGCAGCAGAGCUCGGUGAACAUUGAUGAGGCGCGUAUUCUCAUGAAGUACGUCCUGCCACUGAGCGAGAUCAUACUGGAUUUCCACGAUCGCCUCAAGUCGAUCAGCUCCGGCUACGCCAGCUUCAGCUACGAGGACCACGGCUACCACCUCACCCACCUGGUCCGGCUCGACAUCCAUUUGAACGGGCGGCCCGUCGACGAGCUCUGCCGCAUCGUGCACAGCUCCAAGGCCACAGGCGUGGCCCGCCAAAUGGUGCACAAGCUCAAGGAUCUCAUACCCAAGCAGAUGGUGCAGAUUGCGAUUCAGGCCUGUGUCGGCAGCAAGGUGCUGGCCCGCGAGACCAUCAAAGCUUACCGCAAGGAUGUCACUGCCAAGCUCUACGGCGGCGAUGUGACGCGUCGCAUGAAGCUCCUCCGACAGCAGGCCGAGGGUAAAAAGAAGAUGCGUCUCUUUGCCAACAUCCGUGUGCCCCACGAGACGUUCAUUAAUGUACUGAAACGCUAGA